CCUGCUUCGGCGUUUGGAGGAGAAGCAUCUGCCCCAGGUGGGAUCCUGUGAAUAUUUGUUGAACAUCUUCCAUGUACUGGACACUGUUGGAAAUAAAAGGAAGUUAUUAAAAUAGUAUUUGCUCCCAAGGAAUUUCCCGUCUUGUUGUGGAAAACAAAUACACAUUUCUGGUUUACAUGCCAAAUAGACCUUUGGCAUGAGAAAAUUUAAUGUGACAUUUGUUAACUACUCUCAUCAAACUUUGUAGACUCCAAAAAAUUGGACUUGUACCUGUAAAUCCAUAUAUGAUAAUUUCAAGUAAGAGCAGUUUCUCAAGUUAGAGCACAUAAAAAUGUCUAGCAAGGAAGUGAAGACUGCUCUCAAAAGUGCUAGAGAUGCCAUCAGAAAUAAAGAAUACAAAGAAGCACUGAAACAUUGCAAGACAGUGUUAAAACAAGAGAAAAAUAACUACAAUGCCUGGGUUUUUAUCGGUGUUGCUGCAGCUGAGCUAGAACAACCUGAUCAGGCCCAGGGUGCCUAUAAGAAAGCUGCUGAGCUAGAACCAGACCAAUUACUGGCUUGGCAGGGGUUAGCAAGUUUGUAUGAGAAGUGUAAUCACAUUGAUGCUAAGGACGACUUGCCUGGUGUUUACCAAAAACUCUUGGAUCUUUAUGAAAGUGUUGACAAGCAGAAGUGGUGUGAUGUCUGUAAGAAACUUGUGGAUCUGUAUUCCCAAGAAAGGAAGCACGUAGAGGUGGGUCGCACAUGGCACAAAUUGAUAAAGACGAGGCAGGAAGAAGGUGCAGACAGCCACGAGCUCCAUCAGCUGUGGAGGAAACUGACUCAGCUGCUGGCGGACUGUCCCGGGGAUCAGAAUAACGAGACCCAGCAACUGCUUUUAUCUGCCUUUGAGAAUGCACUGGUCUUAUCAGAUAAGAUUCCCAGUGAAGAUCAUCAAGUACUCUAUAGACAUUUCAUUCAGUGUUUAUCCAAAUUUCCACAUGAGACUGCUCGGUUGACGAAGGCUUGUGAAGAAAUGAUAAGCAUCUAUCCCACUGUUCAGUAUCCAUUAGAAGUGCUUUGUCUGCAUUUAAUAGAUUCAGGAAAUCUUACAGAUGAAGGACAUCAGUAUUGUUGCAGACUAGUGGAAAUGGAUUCAAAAAGUGGUCCAGGUCUGAUUGGUUUAGGCAUUAAAGCAUUUCAAGACAAAAAGUAUGAAGAUGCUGCUAGGAACUUAGCAGAAGGGUUAAAGGAAUGUUCGCUCUGCACAACUGGAUGGUAUCACCAGGCAAAAGCCCUAGUCAAAAUGCACAGACCUAAGGAAGCUGUUCUGUCAUGCACUCAAGCUCUAAAGAACAUUGAUAGUCUCGGUGUGUCUGGUGAUCAGAAGAUCAGAGAUCAGAAGAAUCUUUGUCUGCAUGUGAAAGCAGAAGCUUUGAUUCAACUCUCUGAUUGUGAAUCUUCGGAGGAAGCAAUCCGUACUCUUGAUCAGGUUUCUGAUGCAAAUAAUAUUCCAGGACUUUUGGUUCUUAAGAGCCUGGCUUACCUGAACAUAGGCUCAUUAGAUGAAGCUUCAAAGAUUAUGGAAGAUCUCCUCUCUUCUUACUCUGACCUAGCUGAAGUUUGUGCCCUGGAAGGUUUUUUUCAUUUUGCAAGAAAGGACUAUCUACAAGCAGAAGCAUGUUUUCAGAGAGCACUUGAGAAAGAUGCUGAAGUUGCAGAAUAUCAUUACCAACUUGGAUUAACGUAUUGGUUCAUGGGUGAAGAAACAAGAAAAGAUAAAACAAAGACUCUUACCCACUUUCUUAAGGCUGCCAAGCUAGACCCGUACAUGGGCAAAGUUUUCUGCUAUUUAGGUCAUUAUUACAGAGAUGUAGUAGGAGAUAGGAACAGAGCCCGUGGGUGCUACAGGAAAGCUUUUGAACUGGAUGACUCUGAUGCGGAAGCUGGAGCUGCGGCGGUUGAUUUAAGUGUAGAACUGGAAGAGAUGGAGACCGCCUUGGCUCUCCUUACAGCUGUGACCCAGAAGGCCAGCGCGGGAACAGCCAAGUGGGCCUGGCUCCGGCGCGGGCUGUACUAUUUGAAGGCGGGGCAGCACUGUCAAGCCGUGGCUGAUUUGCAGGCAGCGUUACGAGCAGACCCGAAGGACUUCAAUUGUUGGGAGUCGUUAGGAGAGGCUUACCUUAGCAGAGGUGGUUAUACAACAGCCCUGAAAUCCUUCACAAAAGCCAGCGAGCUGAACCCAGAAUCCACGUACAGCGUGUUUAAGGUCGCAGCAAUCCAGCAGGUCCUCGGCAAGUACAAGGAGGCCGUUGCUCAGUACCAGCUGAUCAUUAAAAAGAAAGAGGAUUAUGUGCCUGCUUUGAAAGGCUUAGGCGAAUGCCAUCUCAUGAUGGCAAAAGCAGCUCUCGUGGAUUAUCUUGAUGGGAAAGCUGUGGACUAUAUAGAGAGAGCCCUGGAAUAUUUUACUUGGGCUCUGCAGCAUCGAGCUGAUGUGUCUUGUCUCUGGAAGCUGAUUGGGGAUGCUUGUACCAGCCUGCAUGCCGUCUCACCAGCAAAAGUGAAUGUCAGUGUUUUAGGAGUUCUUCUAGGCCAGAAAGAAGGAAAACAAGUGUUAAACAAAAAUGAACUCCUCCAUCUUGGAGGAAGGUGUUAUGGCCGUGCAUUAAAAUUGAUGUCGACAUCUAACACAUGGUGUGAUCUUGGAAUUAAUUAUUAUCGCCAAGUACAGCAUCUUGCAGAAUCAGGCAGCAAUGGGAAUGAUCUCAAUGAGUUGUUGGAGAAAUCUCUACAUUGUCUGAAAAAGGCAGUGCGGCUCGACAGUAGUAACCAUUUAUACUGGAAUGCUCUUGGUGUGGUUUCAUGUUAUAGUGGAAUUAAAAAUUAUGCCCUUGCUCAGCAUUGUUUCAUCAAAUCAAUCCAGUCAGAACAAAUUAAUGCUGUUGCAUGGACCAACUUGGGAGUUUUAUAUCUUGCAAAUGAAAACAUUGAGCAAGCUCAUGAAGCUUUCAAAAUGGCUCAGUCCCUUGAUCCAUCUUAUUUAAUGUGCUGGAUUGGACAGGCUCUUAUUGCAGAAACAGUUGGAAGUUAUGACACUAUGGACCUUUUCAGGCACACUACAGAACUCAGUAUGCAUACCGAGGGAGCAAUAGGUUAUGCCUACUGGGUCUGUACGACACUGCAGGAUAAAAGCAACAGAGAGACAGAGCUGUACCGCUACAACAUCCUCCAGAUGAAUGCUGCUCCAGCAGCGCAAGUAGUUUUGAGCAAAUACGUAGAGAGAAUUCCGAAUUAUGCUCCAGCUUUCACAAUGUUGGGUUACUUAAGUGAGCACCUGCAGCUGAAAAAGGAGGCAGCCAGCGCAUACCACAGGGCCAUGUUGUUGUUGCAGACUGCGGAGGACCAAGAUACGUAUAAUGUUGCAGUAAGAAAUUAUGGCAGGCUGUUAUGUUCCAUUGGUGAAUAUGAUAAAGCUAUCCAGGCUUUUAAAUCAAUACCUCUUGAAGACUUAGAAGACAUCAUAGGCUAUGCGCUGGCUUUAUCUAUGAAGGGUCUAUAUAAAGAGAGUAGCCAAGCUUAUGAGAAAGCCUUGUCUAUUGUUGAAUCAGAGCAAGACAAAGCCCAUAUAUUGACAGCUCUGGCAAUAAUGGAGUAUAAACAAGGAAAAAUGGAUGCAGCCAAGACAUUGCUCUUUAAAUGCUCUAUUUUAAAGGAACCCACCACAGAAAGCCUUCUGGCCCUGUGUGCUCUGGGAUUGGCAGCACAGGAUGCUACCCUGUCAAAAGCAGCCCUUAAGGAGUUACUCAAACACAAGAAAGAGAAAGACGAUGAAUACCAGAGAUGCCUUCUUACCUCAGCCAUCUAUGCACUGCAGGGCCGCAGAGUGGCUGUGCAGAGACAAGUAUCUAAAGCCGUCCACAGUAACCCAGCUAAUCCUGCUCUUUGGUCUCUGCUGUCCCGAGUGGUUGCUCAGUAUCCCCAGCAAAAUGCAAAGGGGGGUGCUGUCGCAGGGAAGGUGGCGCAUACUCUGGACUCAGAUCAUGGAAAGAAGGCAUUACUGUACACAGCAGUGAACCAGUUGGCUGUAGGAAGCAGCUCCACAGACGAUGGGAAGGGAACUGCACUCAAGACCAUUCAGAAGGCAGCACUCCUGUCUCCAGGUGAUCCUGCUGUUUGGGCUGGGCUAAUAGCAGCCUGUCAUGCUGAUGACAAACUGGCUCUGGUAAACAACACUCAACCAAAGAGGUCGGGGUUAGCCUUGGCACUGUUGUCUGCUGUUUCUGUAUCAAUUAAAAACAAAGAAUUCCUUGAAAAUUACCACCAAGCUCUUGAAAAGUGGUCUCUUUCCCAGACUGUCACUAGUCUGAUAGACACAGGAAGAAUAUCUGAGGCCGAAACCCUUUGCACAAAGUUCUUAGUCAGUAACCCUGACCAGCCAGCUGUUAUGUUACUUUUGAGGCAAGUUCAAUGUAAAGCGCUGCUGGACUCACAGAAGCCUCUCCCCGAUGCUGUCCUUGAAGAACUGCAGAAAACAGUCCUGUUGAAUUGCACCUCUGUUCCAGCCUGGCAGUGGCUGGCACACAUAUAUCGGUCCCAAGGAAUGAUGAGCGCUGCAGAGAUGUGUUACAGGAAGAGUCUUCAAGUUGCAUCCCAGCAGGGCAGCUGGAGUGGUAAACUCUCCAGCCUGCUGAGGCUUGCCCUGCUCGCGUUAGAAGUGUGCAUGGCUAAUAUUUCCAGUGACCACUGGCCAUCCUUAGUUCAAGAAGCUACAACUGAGGCCUUAAAACUUUGCUUUUGUCCACUGGCUGUCCUCCUGCAAGCUUUAUUACAAUUCAAUCGCAAAAUGGGUGCAAGAGAGACACGUCGUCUAUUGGAGAGAGUGGUGUAUCAGCCAGGGUACCCCAGAUCUAUUGUAUCGACCGCACGUUGGUACUUACUGAGACACUUACAUGCCAAAAAUGACUGCGAGCUCAUUGAUGUGCUGGUAAACAAUGCCAAAACUCAUGGAGAUACAAGAGCUUUGGAACUGAAUCAGAAAUUGGCCUCACAGCAGUAAUUUGUUAUUUUAUAGUAUAGCUGCAAGAAAGAAUGAAAUAAGCAAUCAGACUUUUCUCUAAAGCAGCAUUUAAAAAAAAACAAACUAUAGUUGGAAUCAUCUUUUUAUUUUUUUAACUAUAAAGACAUUUAAGUUCUUAAACUAGGGAUAUAAUCACACUUUAAUCUGAAAAACAUCUUUGAUUCUUAGGAAGCUCAUAAUGAAGAGAAAAAUAUGAUUUCCGUAGAUGCUCAUCAGUUAUUUAUAAACUAUUUUCUCCAUUGUAUGUGGUGCACAGUAGGGCUUUUUUUUUUGUAAUGUCUUACAAUAAAGCCUUAAUGUCCGUUUUCUAAUAUGCAAGAGCAGAUUAGCACAAUGCAGAAUUUCAUGAUAAAAGACUCAAAGAUUCAAUUCCUUCCGUCAUUCUGAUGCUCAGCCUAUCAAUUCAUCAUACAAUUCAUAUGUCUUUUAUUGUUCGAUCUCAGAUUCUGUUGAAGAAGCAUAAUGUAAAUGUUGGUGAGUCUGAUACUGCUAAUGGGUAUGUGUAUGUUAUUCAGAACACUCAGGUAUAUGGCUCCAUUUAAAAAAUUAAUGGAAAAAUAUCUUGGAAAUAAUGCUGACAACACUUAAUUGAUCAUGCAACUCCUUCAAUUAUGAUGAUUUGAACUUUUUUGUCUGAAGUUUAAAAAAAGUGUCUUGUCUUCUUUAGAGUAUCAAUAUUGAAUAUAAAUUCUAAAUUUUAAAACUUAAUAUAUUUGAAUAUAUUUGAAGAACUCCGUGUUGCUUCCUUUGCAUUUGUGGUUUUAAAAAACAUUUAAAAAUAUUUCCAGCUACUUACAUGUAUUAUUUAUUGUACAAAACUGUGUGGUUGUAUAUUUUAUGUAUGUGGUUUUUCUAAACCACCCAUUGGCUUAGUUAUCAUUAUAAAUAGCAGCUUUAUAAUGUUGCUCUGUGAAGUAAUAUAAGUUAAUGAUAUUCUAUAACUAUAUAGUUCAGAAGUUAAUCUACAAGACUAACUAUACUUUGACAAGUUCCCAAAUUUGGCUGUGAUCAUCAUUCAGACCUACGCAACCGACACUUUAAGGAUGGGGACUAGGACUCUGCCUUUUCAAGAUAUGCCUGAGAGAUUCCAGUGUUUGGUCCGGGUUUUAAACUACUGGGAUAAUGCAGCAGUGAUUCUUCCCUUGACUUCUUUAACAAGACCAAGCGCUUGCCAGUCUGCUCAUUUCUUCCCUGUUCUCACAACUGUCAUUCUAAAUUAGUGAUUUUCGGGAUCUGACCCGAUGUCAGCCAGAGAUGCUCUACCAGACAUUGUUGGUACAACCCUGAUGCCCUUCCCUUCCAUCUUCCUCAGCCUUUGGCAGAAGAGUGGGCUGGGCCUGACACUUAAAGCUCUUGUUCUCCAUUUAUUUUUGGGGGUGUUAGCUCGUGUCCCAUGAGGUUUCUUUCACCUAUAAUGUUAGCCUUUUUUCUAGGCCCAUAAUCAAGAGGUAACUAACUUUGCUGCUAGUUCUGACCUUCAGCAGAACUGAAGGGAGCUGAGAGCCAGGCUUUCUAGAAAGGAACAUAGGAAAACACCCAAAGCUAAUCCAUCUCAGGUCAGUUUUUUUCACAUGGGUUUACACAUACUCUCUCUGCUGUUUAUUGCCUUUUCUUGAAAUUGCUGCCCAGUUCCUGUGUGAUUCAAAUCAUUCCUAACCCAGUUUUUACAAUGUUUACUUCAUGCCUGACAUCUACUAAGUGGUUUAACCAGUCUCAUUUACUCCUACUUAGAAAAGGAGAGUGGUGCUAAAUAGUGUGCUCAAAACAAACAAAAUUCUAAGUGUUAUCAGAGUUGGGGAACUUUAAAAAUGGCAGAAAUUUAUGGGCCAGCAGGAUAGUGCAGUUGGUAGGGCAUUUGCCUUUAUUGCAGCUAACUAGGGUUCGGUCCCCAGAAUUCCAUAUGGUCCCCCAAACCCGCCAGGAGUGAUUCCUGAGCACAGAGUCCGGAAGUAAGCCCUGAAUGCCUCUGGGUGUGGUCCCCAAACAAAAAAACAAAGCAACAUUCCCCCCCCCCAGGAAAAAGUGGCUAAAAUUUCUCUUCAGGUAAGUUUACUUAGAGAAAUUGCAUUAAAAGUUAUUUCUUGAAAUACUUAGUAUUUAUAUUGUUUUAUUAAUUGGAUUUUUAAAAUAAUUCUAGUAUAUUUUCUGUCAGAUUUUAUUCAUUAUUUGAUUCUUAUUGAUUAAUCAGAUGUUUGGGGGCUAAUUUCUGGUCAGGACUUAAAACAGAAACAAACUUCACUUGAAAUGCUGUCAUCUUUUUCCACCUUACAAAAUGAGCUGACAGAUGACCUUUAAUUUGGGAAUCUACACAGUUUAUGAUUAGACAAGAUUACCCAGGUUGUGCAUUAAGUGAAUAUAAAGACGUGUUUCUCUAACAAUAUGAAACAUUAUGUAGGUGAAUAUUUACUGACACAUGUGUGAAGUGAGUAUUUACUGACACUUAUAUGCUGUGAAAGGAUGUUUGGAUGCUCCAUAGAAACUUUUAUAUUUAGGGAAUUUUUGUUUUUGAUUUUUGGGUCACACCCAGUGAUGCUCAGGGUUUACUCUGGGCUCUGUGCUCAUGGAUCACUCCUGGAAGGGCUUGGGGGACCAUUUGUGGUGCCUUAGUGGAGCCCAGACUGGUUGUGUGCCAGGCAAGUGCCCUACCCACUGUACCAUUGCCCCGACCCCUAUACCGAGGGAGGUUUUAUAGGAACACAAAACAGAAGCACAAUUUAUGCGGGGAUGACUGUGAUCUGCAGCUGCAUUUCAAUAUUUGCCCAUGAGGAAGAAGCUUCGUUUGGCAGAAUUGACCCAGCUCUGCCGAAAGCCUCUCCCUCCUCCCACUGUGGCCGGCAGACAGCUGCCUGAACUGGCCGUGCUGCAGGAGGGCACGGCACAGCGCUGCUGUGUCUAGGCUGACCUUCAGUUUGCAGAAGAGGGUCUUUGGGUUUGAUUUCUUUUCCCCUUAGAAAUAAAUAUUUGUGUGUCAGAUAGAGGUAGAGUAAUCUUCCCCCAUGUAUGUUUUUCUUAAGGCUUUUUUAUACAGAAGAAAUAAAAAGUCAGAAAAUUUCCUCUCUGCCCCGUUUUGGUGAGGAGGAGGCAUCAUUCAGGUCUAAGGCACCUCAAGUGCAGCUUUGGUAUCUGGCUGUUCCUGUGUUUCAUACACUGCGUUUGAGGUUGGCUGGAUAGAAUGUGAAGUUCUGGAAAGCCUUCAUUUUAAAUUUCAAUCUGUAGCCCCCCCCCAUAUCCCCCCACCCCCACACAACUAUAUUUUCAAAUGAAUGCUGAAUUAUCUGUAGACUUCAAACUAUUUGGAGACUAUGAAUCAAUGGGAUAUUUUGUGUUUUCAACUUAGAAUUGAAAAUACCUGUUUCAAUGCAGGGAAAUGAUGCCACGAGAGAUUUUUUUUCUUUUUGGGUCACACCCGGCAAUGCACAGGGGUUACUCCUGGCUCUGCACUCAGGAAUUACUUCUGGCGAUGCUGGGGGGACCAUAUGGAAUGCUGGGAAUUGAACCCGGGUCAGCCGAGUGCAAGGCAAACGCCCUACCCGCUGUGCUAUCUCUCUCCAGCCCCACGAGAGAGAUUAUUAAUAUUGGAGCGACCUUGGGAAGAAGGCUUGAGUUCUGUAACACUGAACUAUUAAAAUAAUUUGCAUGGCCUCUUCUGAGUUUAAAUCACUAAAAAGGUUUAUUUGUAAUUCAUGAUUUUCCACAUAUUUCUCCCUGUAUAUAAUGCUUAUUACAGAGCCAUUUGCAAUUAUUUUAACUUUUCUGGAGAGAAGACAAGUGGUGAAAACAAAUACUUGUUAGUUCUGCUGUGGUGGGCAGAAUUAUGGCUUCUAAUGUAUCUCUGCCCUGAGCUCCAGAACUUGUGAAUUCAUGAAUUCAUGGCAGAGAAGACUGGCAGAUGUGACUGAGGAGGAGGCCUUGAAAUAGGAGCGUACUCUGUAUUACCCAAGUGGACUCAGUUUAAUCACGAGUCCUUAAAAAUGAAGGACUUGAGAGAGAAAAGUGACAGCAGAAGAAGGCUGGUGAGAUUCAACAUUGCUGGCUUUGAAGAUGGAGAAAGGGGCCACUGGAAGCUGGAAAAGGGAGGAAAGUGUCCUUUGGAGCUCUUGGACAGCGAUGCCAUUCGGCUAACUUGGUUAUAGCUUGGUCAGACUCGUUUUGGAAUUUUGAUUUAACAGAACUAUGAGAAUAAAUUCUUGUCUUUUUUUUAACCCACUGGUUCUGGAAAUUGUUUUGACAUGAAUGGAAGAGUGUGUUGUUGUUCAUUGUGGAUAUUGUUAAAAGAACACACAUUCCAUUGUGAAUUUCCCAGAUCACCAAAACUGGGGUCAACCAAGCAGUUGCAAAAAAAGGGUCAUCAAGUAAAGAUAAUGGGUCCAUUAAAAUGAAUAAUGUGAAAAUAUAAAUGUCAGAAUACUUGACUCUAUGUGGCAGUUCAUUUGUCACUGUAUUUCUACCCUUCUUGCUCAGCCUGCUGCUCACAGCACAGUGCCACCAAUUGAGUGUGUAC